AUAAAACUUGGGAAUCCCGAGCAUUUUUAUGUAUUUUAUUGAUUAUUCAAAUGCCAGUCAGUUUGUAUCAACAUAACAUAAAUAGUUAGUUUUGCAACACCUAUUCAUAUUGACUGAGAGGAGGAUUUGGAAUUUAUUAAUACAGUGGUGUUCGGCUGCAAAGUUAGUAGUAAUUUGACUGAGAGGUAAAAGUUCAAAAAUAAAACUCAAAAGUUAAUAAUAGACAAAAAAGAAAAUAUGGGAAAUAUAAUCACCAUGCUUGGAGAUGCGUUUGUAAAGAUGAAGAAUGCCAUAAUAGGUUUCAUCAGAGAUAUUGGUGUUCAUAUCAUUAAUAUCUUUAUUUGGAUACUUGAUGCGUUUUGGAAGAUCAUGAGGCCUUUUCUCGUGAUGUGCAAUGACAUUAUUCAACAAUGCCGACUAAGUGAAAGAAGGGCAAUCACGAAAGUUAUGGCUGAAUCAGCUGAAGUAAUGAUUGCUGAUCUAAAUCAAAGACUUCAGGACGAAGAAGAAAUAUCGCCAGAAAGGAAAAAUGUGAUAAGUAACUAUGUUGAUGAGUAUACCAAAGUUAUAAAGGGGUUUGCAGCUUCAGCUUAAAACGUGAAUCCGAUUGUCGAUCGAAAUCUAUUGCAUGCAGUAAUUUAUUUUUGGAUUAUAAAAAACUGACUUUCUGAUUGAGAAAUGUAUCAGCAUGUACCAAAUCAAUACAUUUGAUCACAUUUUCAAUUUUAAUUUUCUUUAUUCAGGUAAAUGAAUUUUUCUCAUGAAGUUAAGACUUUUUUUGCUGAAAAUAUUGCAAUGUUGGCUAAGGAAAACAGUCGGAUAAAGACUGUAUAAUAUGCGACAAAAAACUAGCACUGUGAUACACUGCAUUCACUAAUGAUUGUCAAUAUAAAUCCUUAAAAACUUUACGUUGCCAUUAUCUAUUGUUUGUUAAAUCAGUAAAUGUUAAUAGCCAGUCAUGUUGAAUUAUGCACGCUCGGAUAACGUCAUUUGAUUUCUACGUCACAAAGACUAGCAUAACUGCUUAUUGAAUAUUAAGAUAUUUUUCAUGCUCUUUGGUGGAUUUUACAGAUGCUCAAAGUUCAUUGUAACCAGCUUAUCUUUAUAAAUCUAGUUAA